UUGAUCAUAACUGGAAAGACAAAUCAAUCAGCAAUGAGCUAUUGGUGAAGCUAGUUUCAAGCAACAAUCCAAGUUGUAUCAUUGUGCCAAAAAAGUGAUUUACUGCUUCAUCACAAUUACUGUGGCUACAGAUCAACAGUUAUUCAAUAUUGCUGAUUUUAUAUAAUAUUUAAUUACUGAUAAGAUAUUCAAGUGUACAUGUUCAACAGUUGAGCAUUGAUUUGCUUGUUUUUUUUGAUAUUUUUACUCAAUCUAGUCAUCGUAAAUUGAUUACCAUGAAAAAUCUUGCCAUUUUUUGUUUCAUUUUUGGUUUUCUUGGAUCACAUUUGAUUGCAGGAAAAUCUGUCGGAAAAUCUGCCAAUUUAAAGGAAAUUUUAAUUUCGAAAGAUGCUGUAGUUGGAGCAUCAGAUGUUGAAGCUUCAAAUACUGCAGAUCAAAAUACUACGACAACAGAAGUUGUGAAGCCAGAUACUAAAACAACAGAUACAAAAACAGAUACUAAAACAGAUACUAAAAAAGAUACUAAAAAAGAUACUAAAAAAGAUACUAAAACAGAUACUGAAGCUCCAGAAGUUGUAGCGCCAAUAAAACAAACUCCCGACGUUGUAGAUCCAAAUACUAAGACUCCAGUUACUGAAGCUCCAGAAGUUGUAGCGCCAGAAAAACAAACUCCCGAUGUUGUAGAUCCAAAUACUAAGACUCCAGUUACUGAAGCUCCAGAAGUUGUAGCGCCAGAAAAACAAACUCCCGAUGUUGUAGAUCCAGAUACUAAGAACCCAGUUACUAAAGCUCCAGAAGUUGUAGUCCCAGAAAAACAAACUCCCGACGUUGUAGAUCCAAAUACUAAGACUCCAGUUACUGAAGCUCCAGAAGUUGUAGCGCCAGAAAAACAAACUCCCGAUGUUGUAGAUCCAAAUACUAAGACUCCAGUUACUGAAGCUCCAGAAGUUGUAGCGCCAGAAAAACAAACUCCCGAUGUUGUAGAUCCAGAUACUAAGAACCCAGUUACUAAAGCUCCAGAAGUUGUAGUCCCAGAAAAACAAACGCCCGACGUUGUAGAUCCAAAUACUAAGACUCCAGUUACUAAAGCUCCAGAAGUUGUAGCGCCAGAAAAUAUAACAGAUUCAAACUCAUCAACAUUGCCAACAGAAACAGAGGCUCCAACAUCUCUCAUUCCGUCAAACACAACAGCAGUGGAAGUUUCAACUUUGCCAACAGAAACAGAGGCUCCAACAUCUCUCAUUCCGUCAAACACAACAGCAGUGGAAGUUUCAACUUUGCCAACAGAAACAGAGGCUCCAACAUCUCUCAUUCCGUCAAACACAACGGAAGUGGAAGUUUCAACUUUGCCAUCAGAAACAGAGACUCCAACAUCUCUCACGCCAGUAAACACAACGGAAGUGCCACAAAAUCCUCCGUCUCAAACCGGAAAAGUCACUGACAAACCAGCAAUUGAGAAACCGACAACGGACACACCAGGAACAACCAAAGCACCUACAACUGAAGCUUUGGUUAAACAUAAGUAUAAAAUGAGUGGAGGUGCAACAGCUGGAAUUAUUGUUGCUGUAUUAGCCGUAUUUGUAGUAUUGGGAGGUGUUUAUUAUCAUUAUUCAUCUAAACGACUUCCAAAAACUAAAAAUGCUUCGAUGUCAUUAAAGGAAUCUCGGUCUAAAGCUUUCAAUAAAGAUUCAUGAUUUUUCUGAUAAGAAACAUUUACUUUUAUAUCGAUUGACAUAUUGAACUCUUGACAUGGUAAAUCACAGUAAAAAUGCGACAACUAGCGCUUGAGGUGGGCAUUGUCCCUUACUAACAUCAAAACCUCUCAAUUGCUGUAUCUUAUGCUUUAAUCUUUGGCUUAAAGUGUAGUUAAAAUUGAGAAUGGCUCAAAUCGUCCUAAAUUACUGAUUUUUUCAUUGCAUUUGAUAACAAAACAUUCGGUGUGAGUGUUUCAAUUUUGUAUUCAUUAAUUUUCUUUCCCUUCUAUCAGCUUCAAGAUCAUUGUUGGAUAAUUAAUGUUGAUCAUGAAUAAACGAUGAACUCCUUCAAUUCCAUGAAGAAUCAAUUAUGUUUAGAUCAAUUUGAUAGUCAGUUGCAAAGAUAAUUGCAUCAAUGUUUCUUAGAACAGUGUCAUUCUUUAAUUCAAUUGAAUAUUCCCAGGCUGAUUUGAAUAUGGCUCCUGGUUGAAUUACCCAAUGGAUGAAAUUUACCUUUUCCUUAACACAAUAACAUACAAACAAGUACAAUAGGUUUCAGUGGCAAAGUCGAAUACUUCAAGAGUAUCUUUGGCAUAUACAGACGACAUCAAAUGUCUGCGUGAAGGAUUCUUGAGUCUCAAGAUUACGAUAAUCCACAAAUCACUAAUCAUCAGUUACUAAAUUCAAAAGCCGAAAGCAGAAGAAAUAAAAGGAUUAGGUUUGAUGACAACAAGAGCGAAGUUCAUAGCUAAUGAUAAUACAGAAUAAAAUGUAUAAUAAUGAAGAUAUGCUGACAAUGAGUGUAAAAAUGAAAUUUUUGAAAGCAAAUGAUGCUAGAAAAACUCAGCUCAAUAACUCAAAUUCCAAUACAAAUUGUGUGAUAAAAUAUGAAUAGUAUUGUAUGAUACUUCGCAACCAGUGAGUGAAGUCUCGUUCAAAACCUAUUUACGAAUAUUUUCUUAUAUUAGAAUGAUGAGCUUAAAUCCACUUGGAUAUUGAUUGUGCGGAUAAUCAUUAGAUUCAUCAGCGCUGUUGGUAAAUCUGUCCUGAUUAAACUAAGAUGGGUAGAUUUGUACCAGUACAAUCUCCAUUAUCACCUUGGUUCUCUCUCUCAUCGUUUUCAUCAUGAAAAAAUCAAUAUAACCAUUUAUUUCAUAAUUAGAAAAACAAAUUAAUCAGCAACGAGCUAUUGGUGAAGCUAGUUUCAAGCAGCAACCCAAAGUUGAAUUAUUGGGGCAAAAAAGUGAUUUACUUCGACUGUCCACUGCAGAUCAACAUUUUAACACUAAUUUGCUUGUGUUUUCUCUUCGAUAUUUUUACUUGAUCUAGUCUUCGUAAAUUGAUUACCAUGAAAAAUCUUGCCAUUUGUUUCAUUUUUGCUUUUCUUGGAUCAUAUUUGAUUGCAGG